AUGGUAGCGGAGCUCUGGAAAGCCAGACUCCGAAACACGUUUCUUCGGCGGUUUGAGUUCAGGGACCAGGCUUUACGGGAAGAGCCAACCACGACUACUGCUGCAAGCCUUGAGGCUGUCAAAGACAAACUUCGAGAGUUUUACAGAGAGCAGCUGUUUCUUCGGGUGAAGCCUGAAAACCGAAGGCAAGCGAGCUGGGAGAAGCAGUUGUCUGUGGUCGAGGAAGCAUUUGAACUUCGCUUGGAAAAGUUUUCGACAGUCGAAGAAGUGCUUGCAUUUGGUGGUAAGUGCUUGAAGAACGAGAACCUUCGCGAAUCUUUUACCUGGUUUGGUUUCGAGGCUGCCGAAGAGCAGUCGUUGAGCUGGGCAGCGCAAGUUGCUUUCGUGCACCUGCAGCAGGAGCACGAGAACCUGGAUCGAGACCUGUCUGUGGGGUCUAUCACUUCAGAGCCCAAGACGCCAGGACACUCUCGGGUGUUCAACAAGAAGCUGCAGUCGGCAGCAAGCCCCAUCGACCUCGAUCAGGACGAGCCAGAGUACCCCUUACAAAGCCGAAAUUCUGACUGUGUGAGUCAAGGCGCCCAGGGCGUGUACGUUUCUGUGGAUGAUUUGCGAGUGAUGAUGCAGCAGAUGACUGCUGCUACCAAGGCUGCAAGUGAUGCUGCAAUGGCGGCAGUAAGGGCCAAUUCUUCGAAGGCCUCCCUGGGUUCAAGUGAGAUGAGCCGAAUCCUGCCGCGGCCGGACACCUUCAAGCCGACAACUCGAGAGGAGGAGCACUCGCAGUGGUUGCAAUGGGUAUGGUCACUGAAGCAAUAUGUGGUAGCGCUGGACACUGCUUAUGCCGAGGAUUUGAAGAAAAUCGAACAGUUUCCAACUGCCGAGAUUGGGUGGAUAAGUGAUCCUGAUGCUUUGCAAAGGAGCCAACGAAUGUAUGCAUUGCUUUCUGGAUUGGUUCGUGGCAGAGGUUUGCAAGUGAUCCAACGUGUUCCAUCACAAAAUGGCUAUGAGGCCUUACGACAGCUGAUGCAACUUUUCCAGCCGUCAAGCCGUACGCACCCGUUUCGCACCAACGAGCCGUUCCUGGCCCAGCUGUUGGAUCUGGAGCGAGUGAUGGAGGAAUACGAGCGUUCGUCUGGCAAGAAGCUGGAAGAAGACUUCAAAACCUCGAUACUGCUCAAGAGCAUUUCUGGCGGCAUGCGGAACCACCUGUCCACCGUCCUGACGGAGACCUCCUCCUACGACGAGAUCAGAGAGGCAGCUCUUCGUUAUGAGCGCAUGCAGUUCAAGUGGAGCCCUUCAAACCUUUUCAGCACCGAGUCUUCGUAUGCGCAAAGGAAGUCCCACGAGCAGGAACCGCAGCCAAUGGACAUCGGUCAAGUUAAGGGUCAAAAGGGCAAUGACAGCAAGGGCAAGUAUGGCAAGGCUGGAGGCAAAGAGUCUAAAGGUUACUCUCAGAACUACAACAAUGCCAAAGGUGACAGGAAUCCAGGCAAAGGUGGCAAGGGUGAUAGGAAAGGCAAGAACAAUGCACCGAAGGGGGGCAAUCUGUCCUCCAACACCACAUGCCACAACUGUGGCCGUCCUGGCCACUAUGCAAGAGACUGCUGGCGCCCUCGUGUCAACCAGGUUGAGCAGUCCCAAGGCCAGCCUGGUCCACAGCCUUCCGGAGCUUCUGUGAGCGGCACCACCACCAGUGCCGGCCCUUCAUAUAGCAGUGCCCCGAGCCAAGCCUCCACAGCCGUGCGUCGUGUCAUUGCCGACCCUUUUGUGAUGGACAUGAGCCAGCUUGACCUGUCAGGUGAUGACCCUUUCGUGCGAAUGAUUCAUGCUCAGCACUUCCGGUUGGACGCCACUGAUGGCGACUCAGACUGGGUAGUGAUUGGGUGUUCGAACAGAACCCAUGAGCAGCAUGUGCGAGCACUGACCCGAACCAGUGACACCUGUUCUGUGAUCAUCGACUCCGGAGCUGACGUUUCUUGCAUCCCCUUGAGCUUUGCAUCUUGUGGAGUCAGUUCCCCUGGAGAUUGCGUGAUGCAUGUGCGUGAUGCUCAGGGUGGCAGCAUGCAGGUGAAGGAUGAGCGCAUUGUCGAUUUCGUUUUGCAAAGCCCAAGCCAUGGACAUGUUACCAUCCGUGAGAGAUGCAUCGUCGCAGACGUAUUGCAGCCGCUAAUAAGUAUGGGUCGGUUGAUCAAACAGGGCUGGUUUCCGUGCCAAAAUGCCCAAGGCUUCUGGUUGAACCAUGAUGCUUCAGGAGCCGAUGUGCCUAUGACAUUCCGAGGCAUGAGCCUUGGAGUGGAUGCCGAGAUUCGUCGGGUUGAGAAAGCCGAAAGUCCAAGUUCUUGUGUGCAAGCAUGUGAUCCACAGAGUUCCCACGUCCAGUCGAAAGGUCCUCAAGUGCAAGCCUGUGAUCCGCAGAGUUCCCACGUCCAGUCGAAAGGUCCUCAAGUGCAAUCAUGUGAUCCGCAGAGUUCCCACGUCCAGUCGAAAGGUCCCCAGUGUCAACCAGAUGACACGCAUGUCCGUGUCCUUCAGCGUGCCGUGUUGGGUCCGGAGUUGAGCAACUUGCAUUUCGGGUGGCAGAUCCUCACCUCAGGGAAUUUGUGCUGGCGGGGUCGUUCGUCACGCAUGUUAGACCCAUCCUUUAUGGUUGAUCGAAGCUGGCCCUUGCGUUCCACCUUGAUGAGACGAAGUGAAACCUCAGCUUGGUUUUUGAUCGAACACUGUGAGUCGUGGUUGGAGAUGGAAGAUCUUGAAGAUGACAUCCCAGGAGGUGGAGAGGCUGAGUUGAUCGUUUGCAUGCAUGUGAGCAAGGAACCCAUGUCUUCGCUCGGAGUUGAAAAUCUCACUGAGAGCCUGGUUGAGGAUGUAGUUCCAUCUCCCAAGACCCCAGAACUUCCGUACGAUGAGGAUGAGUUGUUCGAUUAUGAACCGUCGCCAGUUGAUGAGCCCGAUGCAAGUGUGAUCAUUCGUGAAGAGCCUGCGUCCCGAGGUGCGUUGCCCGACAUGGAAGAGCCUCUUAGCAAUCCCGUUGCUGUGCCUGCUGACACGCUCACCCUUGAUGGCGUUGUGCUCAACUGUGAGAGUUCGAUUGGUGCCCUGAAAGCAGCCUGCACUAAGUUGGGUUUGAGAACUUCCGGUUCUAAGACUAGGCUGUUUCAGAGGAUAAAGGGUUACCUUGAGAAGCAAAAGUUGUCACUUGCCUCAGACAUCGCCCGAGAUGCUUCAGAGGGAGCUGCUCGAUUGCCCCACAUGCAAUCAAUCCCCGAUGUUCCGUCCAGAGAGCAACAGCUCAUUCACGAGCUUACUCACACGCCAUACGCGGCGUGGUGCAGUCACUGCAUCACCAUGCGAUCUGUUCCGGACAGAUCAGAGGCUACAAAUGCCGCACCACGAGACCUCCCGAGCGUCUCUUUCGACUUCUGCUAUACCGGGUUCAGUCCUUCCUCGAACGAGCUUGAGCCUGUAGCAGGUGAACCUUCUUCAAGUGCCAAAGACCUACUUUGCUGUCUGAUCGCACACGAUUCCGCCACUGGUGCCAUCACGGCAAUACCCUGUGAGAGCAAAGGCAGCACACGAUACCUUGGGGUUGAGCUGAUGAGGUUCAUUCAAUCCUUGGGUCAUGCGACAGUGGAGUUGAGGUGUGAUGCUGAACCAGCUACACUUUCGUUGCAGCGUGCUGUGGUGAAUGCGAGACAGCGGCUGGGAUUGAAGACGGUUGAAAGGAAUCCUCCUGUUGGCCACCACCAAGCCAACGGGUAUGUUGAGAAAGCGGUAGACCUGAUCCGAAGGUUGGCGUGCACCCUCUUGGACAUGGUGAGACAUAAGACUGGAUGCAAGAUCGAUGUUGUGCAUCCUCUCUUCGCAUGGUCUUUUGUGCAUGCUGCAUGGGUCAGGAACAGGUUCGCAGUGGCAGGCGGACUCACAGCGUAUGAGCGUACUUGCAAUGCUGCUUAUACCGGCAAGCUUGUUGCAUAUGGCGAACCAGUGUUUGCACAAGUUCAUGCAAAGAAGAAAGGAGACCCAAAAUGGCUGAAGGCUAUUUUCUUGACCAAGACCAGUUUGAACGACAUGUAUGUAGUUGCAAGCAAAGGUGGCGUGCGAGUCACCCGCUCCGUGAGGCGCACAGGUCAUGAGUGGAAGCAUGAUGCUGCUUUGUAUGCCGAUAUUAAGGGUUUUCCUUGGAACUACAGUAGCGGGGUCAUAGGAACUAAGAUGGUUCCCCCUGCCAAGACGAGAAAGGCCUUGCCUGCACCAAGCAGCCCACAAGACGUUGCAGCUUCAGAUCCACCUGAGACGCCAGUUCCGAUGGGGUUGACUCCUGCCAUGGGGUCAGAAGUAGGCCCUAACCUUGGAACCCCUGCCGAAGCAUUGCCUCCAACACCCGUGGGAGGUAGUGUGGACCCCGAAGCCCCUAAAGUGCCUUUCAGUCGUCCACCACCGCCAAGCUCCAGGGUGCCAGAAAGUGUUCCAACACCCGGACCUGAGCUUCCAAAUCCUUCACAAAGGCCACAUGUGCCUCCUGCAACACCCGUGGAAGACCUGCUUCCACUCACAAGUCCAGUGGUGCCAUCAGGCACUGCUAUGGAGACUGAUGAGGCCAGUGAUGUUCUUGAAGAACGUGCUUCAAAAGUUCCGAGAAUCCGAACUGUUUCUUUUGGCAACAAGGACUAUGAUCUUAAUGACGAGCCCUUUGAGUUUGUGGAUGCAGAUUGGUCCGACUUCGAGUUUGUGGACCCCGAUUACGACAAGUGUUCGAGCACCGAACCCGACUCGGCAAUGAAGGACGAGGCGGGGCAGAGCGUUGAUGCCAGUGCUCUAUGGUUUCCAGACAAUGGUUGUGAACCGAAGCUUUCAGAGUCAGAUUUGUUCGAACUUGACAGGAUCGCUGAUGCUGUGGAAGUGAAUAGGCUGAUACAGAAGGGUGUGUUGCGCCCGUCGUCCGAGAAGGACAACGUUUCAUCGAUGAAGAGUCUCUCGACCAAAAUGGUCAGGACUUGGCGGCAGAAGAAGAGGAAUGGGAUGUCACAGUAUCUCCGAAGAUCCAGACUAGUGGCAAGGGAGUACAAGUGGCUUGAGGAGAAACAAGGGCUAUUUUCCCCAAGUACCACGACAAACAUGGUGAAACUCAUUCCGAUCCUUUUCCUUUUGUGGAGAGCGACGAGGCAAGAGCAAUACGCAAUAUGUGCUAUAGACGUCAAAGACGCCUAUUUAGAGGUGCCUCAGGAAGAGCCCGUCGUCGCAGAUCUACCCAAAGAUUGCAUGCUUCAAGGACAAUACGUCUUUGAGAAGUGUGUGCCUGGACAGAGAGAUGGUGCACAAAGAUGGUUUGGAUAUUUCGUACAGUUUUUGACCGACAAGUUCGAUGCCCUUGAGUCUUGUGUUGAGAACCCGGCAAUCAUGCGUGUCCCCGAGGGCCCGAUGAUCAUGCAUGUUGACGACGGCCUCACGCUUGCUCCCUUGACAUGGCUCAAGCAGAAGUACAUCCCUACAUUGCCAUCGCGUUUCGAGAUCUCGGUAGAGAUUGCGUACAAGAAUGGAGAUGUCUUUUCUUUCUUGAAGAGAAAGCACACUAUUUUGGAAUCUGGGAUUUUAGUGGAAGCUUCGAGCAGCUACAUACGACACAUGGCCGAAGUACUUGAUGUCAAGCACGGAUCGAAGCAUAACACACCAUAUCUUCCAGAGCUAAUUCGCGAAGAUGUUUCCGGUCCUCUUGAUCCUGUUCGAGCAGGAAAGUUCAGGAGUGCACUGGGUAUUGCAUUGUAUUUGUCAAGUGAUCGCAUUGACAUCUGCUACUCGGUCCGACUUUUGGCAGGAUUCAUGUCAAAUCCCACCGAACAGGCAUGGAAAGGAUUGAUCAGACUAGCGAAGUAUCUGCUUAACACUGCUGAGUAUGCCACGUUGCUUUCGCCCAAGCUUCCUGGAUCCACAGUCUUCCGCGAGGCGAAUCACGAUGAUAUGCCCAACCGAAUUGAGAUCUACAGCGAUUCUGAUUGGAGUGGACAUCGGGUUACAAGAAAGUCUUUUGGAAUUUUCCUGAGGGCGAUUUUCGCCUUCAUGGCGGCGAUUACAGAAUGCUCCUUGGAUCUUAAGAUAGACAAUUCAGCAGCGAGACAGCUCGCCCUACGCCAAGGCGUUGGGAACAAGACUCGCCAUGUAGCUGGUCGUCUCUUGUGGUUGCAGCAAUCAGUGCGUGAGAAAAUCAUCGAUGUUGGAGCAAUUGCAAGCAUUUUCAAUCUUGGCGAUUUAUCUACAAAGAUGCACAGUGCCAAUCGUUUGCGAGCCUUACUGUUCUUGCAUGGUUUCGUUGAUGCUUUCACAGGAAAGGCUAUUGGCGAGGAAGAGUUUGCACAAAUGGCUCUGCAAGAUCAAGCAAAGAUGCAGGUGAAGAGAGUUCGUACUGAAUAUGCUCGGCAGCAUGGAGUGACCGGUUCCUUGAAGGGCGAAGCAAGCAGGCUGACGAAACAGGUAGCACUUCUUACUCUUCUUUGUUUGCCUACAACUGGAGAUGCAGCAGAGGCGGCGAAUCCGUACCAGCGUCAUGGCAUGGCGAACGUGACUUGGGCUACCGUCCUGUUGUGCUGUGGUUUGUGCAUUUACCGGGCCUUGAGCUGGGCUAGAGACUUCCAUGGUUUCGACAUGAACAGUCUUCUGGAAAUGAGCUCGCAAGACUUUGCGACCAAGAUGAUCAUGAGUUUCAUCUUCCUGUGUGGACUGAUGCCGGAGUGUACCAUGGAGCAGUACAUGUGCUUCUUUCUUCUUGGGGUGGUGUGGACCAUGCAUCGCUACAUUCUUCAGCUGGAGCACAAAUUGCAACCGACGAGUACUGAGCCAACUGAUGGUGAGCUGAUGCAAGUCCGUUCUGACGCCAAUGUGAGAAUCGUGGUACCCCAAGAGCUUUUCGUUACACGAAGUGGUGAGUGUUUUCAUCACAGAAGCUGUGGAACCUUGAAGAGUUCCCUCAAUCCCCCAAGGAGGUUGAGCACGUGCAGUCAUUGUAAAGACAUGCUGACGCGCACAGAGUAG